AUGCCGCCCCGUUUCGCAACGCCGGGUUUGGCCGACAAGCAAGUCGGCACGGGGGCGGCAACAGCUACCGAGGAAACUGAAAGUUCGGGCUUUUACGACACUAUCAAGCCGACCUGUUUGCUCAACCCGGUAUGCGACCGGUCCAGCGCCAAGGGCUGCGACCUUGUGCAAGUCCAUGACGACCAGUUCUUCCGGGAAAUCCGCCGGCUGUACACGACCGAGAUGUGCGGUUCCUUUCGACCGUAUUUUUCCCUCAAGACGCUGCGCGCAUUCCGCGUGCUCACUCUCGUAGAAUUGGGCAACAUGCAUGAGAUAAUACGCCACGCAUUCGAGUCUGUCGAGAAGUGGAACACCGCCCGCAUCGCCGUCUCGGGGACAGUCCAUUGGCUCGCCUCAUGUCUCGUGGGCAUCAUGAGGUCGGCCAUGGGUGGGGGACCCCCAGACCACAUUUACCGUGGCCUCCUCUAUUUUGACAUCUUCGUCGAUUGUAUUGGCGCUGCUUGCGAUCAUCAGCAGCAUCGAAUCCUCGGGAGGGUUGAGAAGAUGAAGUGA